AUGCUAGAUGCGGUGCUACUAUUGCGUGCGAUAUACCUCAGUGCUGCAUUGCUGGUAUUGUUGAUAUCUUCUAUACCUCCUUUGCGCACUCGAUUUUUGGCAUAUGGUCCUCGCGCGGCGAAGGCCAAGACUGAGGCUCCAGAAGCGCAGUCUAAGAGCUGGCAUGCUUUUCAUGCAUUGCUAGACAUUGCUGCUAAGAUCUGUGUGCCGCACAGCUGGUUCACUUCAUUCUAUGCCGUCUCUGUCUCGCUUUCGCUCUUCUGGGCGUCAGAGGUCGUGUUCCAAGGGCCGGCAUUCCGUACAGUGGCCCAACACCUAGCACAUCGACAAUGUACGAUGAGUUUCGAGCAAGUUGCUGUGAUUUGGCUUAUGAUGUUCAUCCAAGGUAGUCGCAGGCUGUAUGAGUGCCUCGUCCUGUCGGCUCCCUCGAAGUCGAAGAUGUGGAUUGGUCAUUGGGCGUUGGGCCUCCUCUUUUACGUGGCUACCAGCGUUGCAGUCUGGGUGGAAGGAUCUGCAGCACUGCAAGCGCACAGCUUCUCAACGAAAGACCUCACCAUCAAGGGGCCAAGCAUCCGAACUUGCAUCGGCAUUCUGAUCUUCAUCCUCGCAUCCGGUGUGCAGCACGACUGUCACGCCUAUCUUGCGUCCCUGAAGAAACCCCGAAGGACAGCAAAGGGCGAGAUGAAGAUUGAAUACAGGCUGCCAGAGCAUCCAGUCUUCAACUUGUCGCUCACACCGCACUACUUCGCCGAGUGCCUGAUAUACUUGUCACUGUCCAUACUGGCGGCGCCUGAAGGAGAGUGGCUGAAUUGGACAUUGGUCUCUGCGCUGGUCUUUGUGGCGGUGAAUUUGGGUGUUACUGCCAAUGGCACGAGGAAGUGGUACGCGGUCAAGUUUGGCACAGAGACUGUCAAAGGAAGAGCCAGGAUGAUACCCGGGCUGUAUUGA